UUUAUGCGUUGGCAAACGUGACUAAAGAAAAGUGUCAACUAAAAAGAAACGGAAGAAGUAAUAAAUUGUGCUUAAGAUUAAAGAGGCAAGAAGGCAAGAAACCUACGUGUUUAUUAUCCAACUAUCCUCAGUCCAACUAUACAAACCAUUAUCCAUCCACCUAAUAGUCGAUCAACUAUAAUUAUUCCUCUCCCGAAAAUCAAGACCCAAAAAAAAAAACAUCAUCAUAAUCAUAAAUUCAUAAUAAUCAAAAUCAAUUUCCAUGGCAACCACUUUGAUGAACAACAGAUGGACAUCAACAGCAUCAAGCAUAUGGAUACAAGCAACAACAGGUGGGUCCUACGCAUUUAGCAUAUACUCACCCGCACUCAAAUCCUCCCAAUCUUAUGACCAAUCAACACUCGACACCAUCUCCGUUUUCAAAGACAUCGGCGCUAACGCCGGCGUUCUCUCCGGAUUACUCUACGCCGCCGUCUUAACCCGCCGUCGACGGUGCUGUCUUGGUGGGCCAUGGGUGGUCCACGCUGUCGGGGCGGCGCAGUGUUUUGUUGGGUAUUUGUUUAUGUGGCUCGCCGUUGUUGGGUUCAUUGCGCCGCCUCCUGUACCGGUUAUGUGUGGGUUUAUGUUUUUGGCUGCUCAUGCUCAGACUUUCUUUAAUACGGCUAAUGUUGUCACUGGUGUUGAGAAUUUUCAUGAUUAUAAAGGCACCAUUGUUGGCAUUAUGAAGGGUUUUCUUGGACUGAGUGGAGCAAUUCUAAUACAAGUUUAUCAAACAUUUUUCAAAGGAAGUCCAAGCACAUUCAUCCUACUGCUUGCAUUCUUGCCGAGUAUAGUCUCUCUCUCACUAAUGUUUUUGGUCAGAAUUUGCCCGGGAAGCAAAGUUGAUGACAAGAAAUACUUGAAUAAUUAUUCUAUAGUUGCCCUCACUCUAGCUGCUUACCUGAUGUUCAUCAUCAUAUUGGAGAACAUUUUCGUGUUCCCAAAAUGGGCACACAUUGUUACUCUUGUUGGUCUCUUGAUUUUGCUUUCUUCGCCUCUUAAAAUUUCUGUAGAAGCUUUUGGCAAGGAAAAUGCUGAUGCACUACCAGCAGAAAGGGACCCACUAGUCUAUGGAAUUGAUCCAAAUGAACCCGAGAAAAUUUUGGGCCAGAAAUAUGGAGGUUAUGAUGAAUUACCUGGUACUUCCAAUGAAGUUCCUCCAGCUGCAGAAAGCAUGAAUCUGUGGGCGGCAAUGAAAAGCUUGAAUUUCUGGUUAUUAUUCGUUGCUAUGUCAUGUGGAAUGGGAUCAGGGCUUGCCACUAUAAAUAACAUGAGCCAAAUAGGACAAUCUCUUGGUUAUGAUACAGUAAAGAUCAAUUCAUUGGUUUCAUUGUGGUCUAUAUGGAAUUUCCUUGGCCGUUUUGGAGGAGGUUACGUAUCUGAUAUCUUAUUACGCGGAAAAGGAUGGCCAAGGCCAUUACUGAUGGCAAUCACUCUAGCAACUAUGACUGCCGGGCACAUCACAAUUGGUUCUGGUUUUAGUGGUAAUUUGUACAUAGGAACUGUCUUGGUUGGGAUUUGUUAUGGAGCCCAAUGGAGUUUAAUGCCCACGAUUACUUCAGAGAUAUUCGGCAUUCUGCAUAUGGGUACCAUUUUUAAUACCAUUGCAAUAGCAAGUCCUGUAGGAACUUACAUUCUCUCCGUCUGGGUGAUUGGACAUAUAUAUGACAAAGAAGCAGGGGGAGGCCGUUCGUGCUAUGGGGUUCACUGCUUCAUGGAAUCCUUCGUUAUAUUGGCAUUUGUUAGCUUUCUUGGGUUUCUUGUUGCUCUGACAUUGUUCUUCCGAACAAGAGCAUUUUAUCAGUCUGUUGUGAUAAAAAAUUUACACCGUUCUGUGUGAAGCUAAUUAAAUUAUACAGUAAUAUACUUUGGAUCUGGUUCUCUUUUCCAUCAUGUUACAAGUUUUUACAAGGGCUUCUCUUUGUACCAUCCGUCAAUCAGGGCAAGGUUGCCUUUUCCUUUAACUGCUAAUGAUUGAUCCUUCAAACCUCAGGAAGCGGUGCUGAUAAGUGCAGAUUGCCUUUUGCUGUGGAAUUUCUUAGGCAACAGGGCAGGGCUAAAAUUUAGAACAUCGAUUAAAUGCAUAAGCUUCAAGCUUUCAUCACUACUACCCUUGAUUCUCUAAAUUACUAUACCCUAUCAGUUUAUGGGCCUUGUGCAGUGGCACAGGUUGCACUGGUUAAGGGUCGGCCUUGUAGGUAUGCUUUUGUUUGUGUAUAGUUGUUCAUGCGAAGCUUAUUGCUUCAUACUGGCCUAGGGUAGAAACUCUUUUUGUGUUCUGACAGGGUUGAAAAGAUCCGCUCUCAAAAGAUUGUCUGCACUUUUAUGAGGGUGCUCUCUAGCAUCGUCGUGCUGAGUACUAAUACGAUAACAUUUUAGUGGAAGAAUUUGCUAAUAAAUACAAAAGACAAGUGAAAUUUGUGGUA